AAUGAGUAUUCUCCCCGACCAGAUUCCUUUGGCCCCACUCAUGGACGAACAAAUACUUGGCACAGGAGUCAGUAUCAAAGAAGAACUCAGCUUAGAUGUCACAGAAGUGAAGGAAGAACCAUUUGAUUAUACAGAUGAAGCAAAUUAUGAAGUGAGUGAAGUGAAAGUGAAAAAUGAUUUUCUUGUCUUUAAGGAUCUUAAAGACCUUAGAUACGAAGCAAAUGAAAAAGACUCGCGUGAUAUUAUUGAGGAUUGCAACACCUUGUCUAAAGCAUCAUUUGUGGCCGAGGAGUGUGGGAAAAAAUGCACAUCAGAAGAGACUCAAGCAAAGCGUAAGGAAAUGCAUAAAAAGGAAACACAAAGAAACGUGGAUAGUAAAUUGAAGCGUUUUUUAUGUGAAGUCUGUGGGAUGACAUUCCACAAUAAGGCACAUAUGAAAGUUCAACUGAGGGUACACACAAAGGAGAAGCCAUACAUCUGUGAAAUUCGCAACAAAGGUUUUGCUAGAAAGGAUGCCCUAGUGAGGCACAU